AUGUGCUCUCGGCACUUCAUUUCGCCGUCCUCCUGCGUUUGGCGGGUGCGGGGAUGCUGGGGGGGAAGGGCGGUUUCAUCUGGAUUGGUUGACUUGCCCAGAGAAGUGGUAAUCGCUGGUGCAGCGCGCACUCCCAUUGGCUCAUUCUGCGGUGGCUUGGCUUCUCUGUCCGCAGUUCGCUUGUCUGCUGCGGCGAUCGGUGCCGCGAUGCGGCGAGCCGGCCUUGAGCCACACGAAAUUGACACGGUGAUGUUGGGGCAGGUGCUGGUGGCAGGUUGUGGGCAGAAUGCUGCUCGUCAAGCAUCGCUUUUGGCUGACAUCCCGGCGAGCGUCGAUUGCACCAGCAUUAAUAAAGCGUGUGCCUCAGGCCUCAAAGCUGUUGCGCUGGCCGCACAGGCCAUUGCCCUUGGCCAGUCAGAUGUGGCAGUAGCUGGCGGCAUGGAAAACAUGUCCCAAGCACCUUACAUAAUUCGUCAUGCACGACAAGGCGGUUAUCAUUAUGGUCAUGGUGCGCUUGAAGAUAUUGCCUUGCUGGAUGGCUUGUGGGAUGCCACCCAAGACUGUCACAUGGGCAGUUGCGUGGAGAACACAAUCCAAGAGCUUUCCAUAUCUCGCGAGGAGCAGGACAGAUACACCAUUUCUUCAUAUCGACGUGCGGCCGAUGCAUGGCAGCGAGGUGCGAUGGAUGGUGAGGUUGCUCCUGUCAGAGUUAAAAGCACCGGAACCAAGUCGAAUAUGGAAAAACGCUCCAUGAUUGUCAGUGUGGACGAAGAGUAUGCGCGCCUAAAGUUGGACACAGUUGCUUCUCUGCCGCCGAUUUUCGAAGAGGGUGGUACGAUCACCGCAGCAAGUACUUCGUCGCUCAAUGAUGGAGCUGCAGCUUUGGUUCUGAUGAGCGCUUCGCGGGCAAGGGAUCUCGGUGUGUCCCCACUUGCCCGGAUCGUUUCGUUUGCGGAUCACGCUGUGGAGCCACUUCACUUUGCCAAAGCACCAAGCGCAGCAGUUCGCACAGCCAUGAGGGCUGCUCGUAUGUCAUCCAUCAAUUUCUAUGAGAUCCACGAGGCCUUCGCUGCAGUUGCUCUGGCAAAUAUGCGACUGCUUGAUAUAGAUCAUUCGCGUCUAAAUGUGAAUGGAGGCGGCGUUGCGCUUGGCCAUCCGUUGGGCGCAUCUGGUGCUCGCAUCCUAUGCACACUCCUGAGCGUGCUGGUGCAACAGGAUGCAGAGACAGGCUGUGCUGCGAUUGCAAACGGUGGAGGGGGUGCAAGUGCAUUGGUGAUUGAGCGAUUACGAUAG